GCCUAAGAAGUCGAGAAUUUCUUUGAGCGACUGCGUCUCACCGCGAGCGCAGCCGCUUCCCCCGAUGGCGUCCACGCUGCUGGAGCAGGCGCGCGCGGCGCACGAGGAGAACGAGCGGCUGGAGCGGCAGGCGGUGAGGGACCUGCAGCAGAACGUGUCGUCGCAGCGCGAGAAGCUGUUUCAGAGCCACCGCAUCAAGAACGUCGUCGACGCCAUCGUCGCCAACAGCGCGCGCCUGGCGGAGGUCUAUGCGGACCGGGACGGCGCGCGGAAGGACGAGAUAGCGGCGCUGGGAGGGCAGGGCACGCCCAACCCCAGCGCCACCGUCUUCACCACCUUCUAUGAGCGCCUCAACGAGAUCCGCGAGUACCACCGGCGGCACCCCGGCGCGCGCGUGGUGGAGGGCGAGGUGGACGUGGACGAGGCCAUCAAGGACGAGCCCUGGGUGCAGUUCAGCGGAGAGGAGGCGCUGGGCAAGUACGUGGACGUGCACGAGGUGUACCAGCAGUUCACCAACGCCAAGUUCGGGCGCGCCAUGGAGUAUUCGAUGUACCUGGACGAGCUGCCGCAGACGCACAAGAUUCCGCGCAACCUCAAAUUCACCAAGACGUACCGGGCGUACAUGUUGCGGCUGCUGGAGUACCUGGAGUCGUUCUUCCAGCGCACGCAGCCCCUGCAGGACCUCGCCAAGCACCACGCCAAGCUGGAGGCAGACUUCAGCGACCGGUGGGAGCAGGGGCAGGUGCUGGGGUGGGAGGAUCAGGGCCUGGGGUGGGCGGGCGUGCUGCGGGGGGAGGGGGAGGGCGAGGAGGGGGCGGAGGGGGAGGGCGAGGGCGAGGGGUACGGGGCGAAGCAGGCUGUGGUGGACCUCUCACAGUUCGACACCGCUGAGGAGCUGCUGGAUGGCGACCUGGUGGGCGCGGGCAAGAUCAAAGAGGCGCUGGGCGCGCUGGGACUCAAGACAGGCGGCACACCGCGGGAGCGGGCAGAGCGACUGCUGAUGGCCAAGACGACGCGCUUUGAGGACAUCCACCCGAAGCACUUCGCCAAGGCGUUCGCCCCGCCCAAGAGGAAGGGCGGGAAGAGCAGCACUGCCAAUGGGGCCAGCGGCGGCGGCGGCGGCGGGGGCGGGGGUAGCAGCGGCAGUGGCAGUGUGGCGCGCGAGGUGGCGCUGGUGGAGGCGAAGGUGCAGCGGCUGUGCGAGCUGCUGGAGGGGCCCAUCUCUGAGACCCGAGUGCAUGUGGAGAAGAAGGCGGGGUUGACGUACGAGGAGAUGGCGGCCGAGAGAGAGGAGGAGGAGGUGGUGGAGGAGGAGGAGGAGAGUGACGAGGAGGAGGAGGAGAUCUACAACCCUUUGAAGCUGCCCAUGGGGUGGGACGGCAAGCCCAUCCCGUACUGGCUCUACAAGCUGCAUGGACUCAACCAGGAGUUCAAGUGCGAGAUCUGCGGCAACUACAGCUACUGGGGGCGGCGCGCGUUUGAGCGGCACUUCAGGGAGUUCCGGCACCAACACGGCAUGCGCUGCCUGGGCGUGCCCAACACCAAGGCCUUCCACGAGGUCACCGUCAUCAAGGACGCGCUGGCCCUGUGGGAGCGCAUGCGGGAGAAGCAGGGCGGCAGCAAGUGGCGGCCGGAGGUGGAGGAAGAGUGUGAGGACCGCGAGGGCAACGUGUACGACAAGAAGACCUUCCAGGACCUGCGGCGCCAGGGGAUCAUUUAGGCGCCAGGGGAUCAUCUAGGCGCUUCUGGCUACACAGCAGGUUGGGGGCCGUGCCGAUGGCACAUAGGGCAUGUUUGGAGUCAUGCGGUCGUGCAUGGUUGGGACGUGGCGUGCAUGGUUGGGACGUGGCGUGCAGCCACUUGGCGAGCAAGAGGGGGCGUGUAGCGCAGCGCAUGCCGGACAAUGGGCAGCGCACAGCAGCGAAGGCAGCACGCGGAUGUGGCUCUCAACACGCCCAGGUUGUGUGAUGCAGUGUACAGGACACCGCCCUGCUCACCAAGGCCCGGCGUCAUGCUAGGGGUGCUCGGAUGUGCCCUGGCAGUGUGCUCUGCCACCACACACUCACCUCCUAGGUAUUGUUUGCUCAUUGAGACGUACGGGUACAUCAAGGAUUCAUUCAAGGCCCUGGAUUCAGGAGUCAGGAAGUUUCAUAGUGUUGGGCCUUUGUGCAGUGAGAUACACAACAUGACUGAGCAAAAUGCGUGGAGGGACAUGUGUUGUAUGCUUGGAUUGUCAUGUGACAUGCACUCAAACUUGCAUGCCGAGUGGGUGCUGCUUGGCUCAACUGCAUGUGGCCGCCACAUGCAGGCGAGGACAGAAUGGAAACAUGAGGUAUAAAAAACGCGCAGGGCA